AUGCAGCGAAUCCAUCGCCUCUCCCUCCUUGCUCCCUCCGUCAUCUCUUCACUUCUCCGCUGCAUUUCGCCGCCGCCGCUCCUCUAUGCCUGCUCAAUCCUUCUCCCCUCCACUCCACCGCACCUGCUCCAGCUGCCGCCUCCUGUUCCUCCUCCUAGACCUGGACAUCACCAGUUCGCCGUCAACAAUCUGGCCGCUCGUGGUUCGUCCGCGCACCUGCACCAUGUACGGCGGCGUGUGGAGGCUGCUAUGCCCGUGAUUGGUGGCCUUCAUUUUGCUGCAUCCGCCCGGCGGGUCGUACCCCCUACCUUCUCGGCUUCUCGCCUUCGCCGGCUCCGCUGGGGCCUCCUUGGUUCUUGUGCCGUCGUCCUUCCGCGGCAGAGGCAGGGAUGGGGGAUUGGGGGCGGUGGGAGCGCUGCUAGAGUUUUGCCCGUGGACAAGUUCACACUGGUUGCCGUCGUCGCCUACUCAAGAUGGGGUCGUCAACGAGAUGAAGAGAAGAUCUGUUUCAGAUGGUUGCCUUCCUCAUCCAACCAAAAUUUUCAGGAUGCAAACUAUGUAGGGUUGACAUUACGUAUCUUGGUCUGCUUUGUCUGGCCAGCUGCUCCCUGUCGCAUUCCACAAAUUUGUGAGGUGUGGUAG